UUUCCAAUUUGUAUCGGAAGGCUCGAAAAAAAUAUAUUCAAACCCUUUGCUCUGAGAGCGAAUUCGAGGAAGAAGGGAGAGAAAUCAUGAGUGCAGAUUGGGGACCGGUCUUCGUCGCGGUAGGCUUGUUCAUCCUAUUGUCACCGGGGUUGUUGUUCCAGCUGCCGUCGAGGACUCGAGUGAUAGAGUUCGGAAACAUGUGCACAAGCGGGAUAGCCAUCCUAAUUCAUGCCAUAAUAUACUUCUGCAUAAUCACCGUCUUGAUCAUUACAAUUGGCGUUCACGGAUUCCAAUUGGUGUUCAUCCUCUUUUUAUUUACCUUUCCGAAUUGUUUUUCUUAGAAUUCUACCUUGUGUCUAGUAACUAUU